AUGUUCGCUAAAAUCCUCCUCGUCUCCGCGUGUGUUGGUAUCGCCGUUGCCCAAUACGGUGGAUACGGACAUGGUAACGCACAUGCAGUGUCCUCCCAGAACAUCGUUCUUCACCAAAAUCAAGGUCAUGUGCAACACGCUCCCGUUUACCAACACCAGCCUGCUGUGAUCCAACAUCAACCUCUGCACUAUGCUGCACCCGUACAACACCAGGAUUAUCAUCUGGUGUGUUUUGCGGCUGUUGUUGCUACCGCGUUCGCGCAGUAUGGCCACGGUCACGGCCACGGUUACUCAUCCCAGCACUUCCACAAGCACGAUGGACACCCACAAAAAGUCCACGGAGCGCAUGGGCACCACGACUAUCACGUGCUUUUGAUCGCUGCGGUGGUUGCUGUUGCUUCAGCACAGUACGGCGGUUACCAUGGUUACGGGCAAGCGUCCCACAGCAUCGUUCAGCACCAACCUGCCGUAGUAGCCCACCAGCCCGUUCUUCUUCAACAUCAGCCAGCCCGUUACGCCGCACCAGUGCACCAAGAUUACAAUGUUCUAUUUUUCGCUUCUAUAGUCGCAACCGUGUUGGGUCAUUACGUACCCCACUAUGAAGCACAUUCAGAGCAACGUGUGACCAAGUAUGAGGGUCACCCUGAGGUGGUCCAAGUAGGUGGUUACCAUGGACACGGACACCAGAUUGACUAUCAUGUAUGCUUAUCAUCUCUCAUCUUGCUCGUAUUUCUUGAAUACGGACAAUGCCAUGGACCAGCGUAUUCAUCACAACACUUCCACAAGCACGAUGGACAUCCAGAAGUAAUACACGUAAAAGGACAUCAUGGCCAUGGGCACAUUGAUUACCAUAUUCCAUGCCGAUGUCAAAUUCGGGACCCACCAUAUAGUGCCACCUAA